AUGAAGGUCAACACCCUCGCCAUCAUGGCCGCCUGCGCCCUCGCCCAGACCGUCGCCGGCGGCCCCAUCCCCCCUCCCUCCAAGGUCGCCAGCGCCGCCAACUCCACCAUCGCCGCCAACUCCACCAACACCACCAACACCAACACUACCAACACCAACACCACUGCCCCCACCCCCCUCGGCGAGGGCAAGGAGCUCCCCUUCCUCACGACCCUCAAGAGCAGCAAGAAGCUGCAGGACUCGAUCCUGCCCAAGAUCGGCAGCAACAUCGACCUCGGCAAGGCCAACACAAUGCAGGACCUGAUCAGCCAGCUCUCGGACACCGAGGUCGCCCGCCUCACGUCCGUCUUCGACGAGCAGGACAUGGCCCGCCUCACCACCAGCGGCUUCAACGAGGCCGACCUCGCCAGGCUCGCCAGCCUGCCCGCUCCCGUGCCCGCUCCGGCCUCGGCUCCCGCUCCGGCCCCUGUUCCCGCGCCCGCCACCUUUCUUUCGACCCCCGACUCCAAGCAGGAAAAGUUCGUCCAGGACAGCAGAGACUUCAGCCAAGCCGUCGCCGGGCUCUUCGACGAAGCCGCCACCGACCAGGAGCAGCAGCUCAUCUUCGACAACGUCCUCAGCUUCCUCGGCCUCGAGGCCGACGACGUCUUCGACCCGGCCAAGGUGGAGGACGCCCUGCUGGGCAAGAUGUCGGAGGACGUCGUCGAAGACGCGCCGUUUUGA